AUGAAGGUGACAGUGACGACGCUCAGCGACGACAUCUUCGUCCUGGACGUGAGCGAGGAGCUGGAGUUGGAGAAUUUCAAGGCGUUCUGCGAGAUCGAGAGCGGUGUGCCGGCCCAUGAGAUCGUAAUCGCGUUCAAUGGCCUGCCCCUCAUGGACGACAAAAAAUCGUUGCGCGAUCAUGGCAUCCGCGACGGCGACGCGGUUAUUCUUCAGCAUAUGCACCAAAGCGGCAGCGACAUGAAUCUGCAACCUUUCAACAGAGCCAUUCCAUUACUGGACUUCAGUUCCAUCAGAGUUCCCGGGACGUCCAAUAAUCGUCAACCUACAAACUCCAAUAGCAACAGAGUGCAGAAUCCCCGCAGUGAAGAUGAUCCAGCAAUGAUAAAGAAUAUGUUUCUGGCUAAUCCUGAUCAGCUGGCGCUGCUGAAGCAAAACAAUCCUAGACUAGCCGACGCGCUCUUAUCCGGGAAUCUGGAUAGAUUUUCGACUGUACUCAGAGAGCAGAUAAACGCUCGAGAAGAACGCCAGGCGCAACGGCUACGAAUGAUGAACGCGGAUCCGUUCGACACAGAGGCGCAGCGGCUGAUCGCCGAGGAGAUCAGGCAGAAGAACAUCGAGGCUAAUAUGGAGGCCGCGAUGGAAUACAAUCCGGAGACCUUUGGCACCGUUGUCAUGCUGUAUAUUAAUUGCAAGGUCAACGGGUUCCCCGUCAAAGCGUUUAUCGAUUCAGGUGCGCAAACAACGAUAAUGUCCGCCAGCUGUGCCGAAAGAUGCCACAUUAUGCGACUGGUAGACACGAGGUGGGCCGGAGUCGCCAAAGGUGUCGGCAUUCAACGCAUAAUUGGUCGUAUACACAUGGUACAAAUACAGAUCGGCAAUGAUCAUUUAACCACGUCGUUCAGCGUUCUGGAGGAGCAGCCUAUGGACAUGUUGCUCGGUCUAGAUAUGCUCAAGAGACAUCAGUGUUGUAUAGACUUGAAGAAGAACGUCUUGAAAAUUGGCACCACCGGCACCGAGACAUCAUUUCUGGCUGAAGGUGAUCUACCCGAGUGCGCAAGAUUAAGCGGCAAUAGCGACGAUGUACUAGACGACAGGGAUCUCCAGCGUGCUCUGGAGGAUAGUUCGAGAGACGCCAAGAAACAGAGGCAGCAAAACGACGGUCAAGGGAGCAGCAACCAACCUAGCACGUCUGUAUCAUCCAGCAGAUCAGCUGUCUUAGAGACGACGGUGUAUCCUCACGAUCCGUUCACGGAAGCCACAGUGAAGGAACUGGAGGCUCUGGGUUUUACGAGGGCGCAAGUGAUUGCGGAGCUGCGUAGAUUUAACGGGGAUAAGACACAAGCCACUGCUGCGCUGUUCGCAAAAUCAUUAAAGUUCUGAACAUUAAGAGAACGUCACGCGCUUAAGAAGAAUGAAAAGAGAGAUAUAUAUAUAUAUAUAUAUAUGUAUAUAUAUAUAUAUAUAUGUAGCGAAAUUGUGAAUACGGGACACGCAAUAAACACGGGAAGAAACCUACAAGUGUAAAAGUAAAUUUUAAGUAUCGUUCGGCGCCGUUUAGUGACUGUUUGAUACUUUUGUGUGGAAAUUUUUAUAACUCAACAGUUUCACAAUCAAGUGCAUGCAUUUCGGGCUUGAUCAUGUGAACUUACGUAAACGAUUCGCAGUUUCGGGCUACUAAAAGAGGGAAGGGGAAGAUGUUAAAUAUGAAUGUAUACACAAAGUAUAUUCAUACUUUGUGAGUUUUCUUAUCGUAUACAUAGGUGCAACGCUUAAGCGAAUCACGUUAUUUUCAUACUGUAUUACGUCAGGUGCGCUCUUAAGAGUAAAAUAAGUUGAAGGGAUGUCAAAUUGUUGGUGAAAUUCAAUCAUUUCAUACAAUCAGUGCACGAUACAGUAAGUUUUGCGAUACGCAUUGAAUAUCCAGCAUUCUAGUUCGGUCUUCACGGCCUCACACGCAAGACUCGCGGUUUGCGUAUCACAUACACACAUA